CGACGUAACCUCAAUCACUGCACGUCCGCUUCCGGAACCGGAAGCAGUCAUCCAAGCCCUCGUCUUGCACGGUUCCUGGUGAGAUCAGGCUGCAGUUGUAAUAAUAAAUAACGCCAGCAUAAUCGCCGUGAAUCGUGGUUCACCAUUUGUGGUGUAAAGCAUGAAAAAGGGUGAAAUGUUUGUGUCGGUCGGUAGCCGAUUGUAGUACCUAAUCCAGGCAAACGCGUCGCCUUAGCGCGAUCGCCAUUUUAGUGUUGCCCGAUGGAGCAAACAAAAACAAGAUGGCGGAUGUGCGAAGGAAAUGGUUAAGUUCUAGAUCCAGCGAGCUCGCGUCAGUCAGCCAUUCGGUAGGAAGUAGUCGAGCGGUGCAGUAGUGGAAAAGUGUGACGUCGUGUGCGAUGCUAGUUAUGGACGAUUAACAACUGGAAAACUGAAAAAGACUCUUUGGUGGAGUGUGUGCUAUUACCAACAAUCGAUCGGAUCGAUUUAUUAUUGCGAAAAUGUAAAGCUGCUGUAAAGUAGAGCUGAGCGCGUGUGUGUGUAUGUGUGAGUGUGUGAAAACAUUUCGUUCGGAAGGAAGAAUACUCUUGCAUAACAAAGACGCACACCCUUCUUCUCCUUUCGGAUUGUUCGGUGUAGAAAUGCGUGUUUCAGAGCAGUAUCGAUUGCCCUGUGCAAGCGCGGACGGGGCGGGUAGGAAGCGGCAGCAGCGACGGCACCAUGGCCAGAACCGUACAACACUUCCUUCGGAAAGCAAAGCUCGAUUGAUGGUUUUUUCGCUGGCUGGUUCUUGUGAUUAAUAUUGUCAAGUUAUCUCUCGCUCUCUUUUGAUGGCGAGACUUUUGUUUUGCCGUGCGUCGUCGUGAUGGUGUGACACAUGAACGUUUUCGUCAAUUGCUCUCGGUCCAGCCAUCGCGGGGAGUGUUGUGUGUUUUCUGCUGCUGCUGCUGCUGUGGGAAGGAAAACAACACAUUCGUUUUCACUUCUCGCUGGACGGAGCGGGGCGACAGAAAUGUUUGAACCAUUGUUGUGGAAUGGUAAGCAAAUGAAGCGUACGGUGGCGUGCGUGCUGCAGGGUUGCUGCUGUCCGAUUUCUGCUGCUGCUGCUGCUGCUGCUGCUGCUGUCCCGUUCGACUCAGAUUCUACUGCGGAUUUUGCAAAGCCACACAAACCCUGUGGGCGGAAGUGCUGUCCACAUCACAUCAGCCGGACGUCGUCCGCAUUAGAACCGAUAGCGCGGGUCGUUGGUGCAUCACCACCGGUUCGCCGUACAUCUUUUGCCCACGGCGCAAAGGACGAUCGUCCAGUUGCGUUUCCGAAUCGGUUGCGUAUUUGCCGUUUGAUGUAUAAGCCACUGCCACACGGUAGUUGCAAAUUGGAUCCGCGCCACUAUCGGAACCGUCGGCUGGCGCUGAUCAAAAAGCGGGCCAUAAAAGUCACACAAGCGUGUGCUGCACGCCGUGCCAUACCACACUACUUCCAGAAGCGCAUAAAGCACCGUUUGCUUGUGAAGAAAAGUGCUUCACAGCAGGAGGAACGUGAUCCUACCGAUUGUGAACGGUCCACCGCAAACGGAACGCAGGUUAGCGACAAUUCACCCACUACUGCUGAAGCACCACCACAUAUCGAUGCCGAUAGCGUAGAAAGUACGGCUGGUACUGUUCCACCCACCAAAACGACAGUGUUGGAACGUACAGACGCACUCAACACCUUCAAGGAGUACUACUCGAUCCAGUCCGCCAUUAGACUGCUUCUUUCGAUGUUGCAAGAACGGAUGGAAGAGGUUGAAACGAUGCAAAAGAAGCGGAUCCUUCCGGAUCCGAAGGAUGAAGCAAUGGAGACAGCUGCAACCGUGCUUGCCAAUGCUGAUGCUGUCGAACCGACGGAAAACGAUUCGAAGGAAUCGUUGGUUAAAAUAGAACCUACCAAUAGAACGCCGGAGCACGGUACCACGGUGAAGAAUUUCGAUCCCGACAAAGAAAAUAAUGUUCCUUUAGCAAGUGCGCUCGAGUCGUUGUCCCCCGUAACGGUUGCCUUGAACCGCGUCAACAGCACUCCUGCCAAGGAGGAUUCCAAAGAAGACGCAAGACCAACGUACAGCUUUCUCGAAACAUCCAAAUCCGACAUACUCGACCCAUCGUACACCUGUGACAUUGAGCUGGAACCGUUGGAAGAUCGCAAAAAUCGCUCCAUCGUAGAUUCGUUGCUGAACAAAUUCAAUCUGUCGCCCCCGGUGAAGGCCACGGUACCGGUCGCAUUUGCCGACGGCGCCAUGGACGGUGCGGACGGGCGGCGUAGCUUGCGCGAUCGUACAAAAAUUGCUGCCCGGGCACGGUACAGCGAGAUACCGGAGGAACCGCGCAAGGCGCGCGUCUCGAAGGUGUUCGGCAAGCUGCACAAAACGCUCAACAUUGAGUUCGACUGCACCAACUCCAACUCGUCGACCGAGUUUUAUGGGUUCGAUGAUGGCGAAAUGGUUAAGCUGGACAAGCCGAGCCUGCCCGGGCUGUUGCCCACGCCGAUUGUGAAGAAACCGCAACCAUUUGCCCCGUUCCUCACCUACGGAAGCUGCAUGGAGGCACAGCAGGCGAAAAGCGAAAACGAAACCGAAAAACGUAGCGAUCUGUUCCGCGAGGAAGGUUUAAUAUCGUUCGGUUCGGUGCCGCCGCGUCUCGAGUGUCCGCAGCGCCCCACCGACAUGGUGAGGCCCCGGACGGUCGCCCAGAAGCGUAUUCUUGUACAGCGGGAAAACGAUAUCCGGUACGUGAUGAUCGACAAUGAGUCGAAAAUUUUCCAGUUUCUGAAGAAGCGCAGCCGAAACAUUGAUGCCGCGCUCGACUUUUGCCGCAUGAAAGAGCUGCAGGAUCAGCAGAUUCCGUUCACACGCUCUACGUGGCGCGCAUUGGCGUGGUUGCGAUCGGAGAAAGGACGCUACUUUUUCCAAAAAAUGACCAUCGACAAUCGAACGAUUAAGCUGUCCGGGUGCCGAGGCAACCAUAGGCUCCAGUAUGUUACCAGGAAUACGCUCUACUCCAGUCCAGUGAUUGCGUCCCGUGGGCAUCGCUAUCAUUACGUCAGCAAUUGCCGUUGCCCUGAGUAUCCCGAAGGGGUUACCAUCAACGUCUCGCAGGACAGUGCCGUAGCGAGGCGUAAUUGUGAAUCGCGCGCUCUGCCCGCCGACAACAGCAAAUAUCUGUUUCAUGGUUCAUCAAACAAUGCCGACUACCAAAGCAAACGUUCCUAUCCGGGCACCAAGCCCGGCCCAUUGUCUUCAAAAUGUCUGCAACCGUCCCCCGAUGAGGACCCGUGCCUGGGACCGUUGGAAAUUUUCAAAAUGCCCAAGGUGGAGCUGGAAGUAUUUCCGAAACUGAAUCGUCCGCUCGAUGGGUUCGUCAAGCCGUACCUGAAGAUGAUCCUGCCCCAUGACGAUAUUACGGAGAACUGGGCUCGCUUUGCCGUCUCCACCUUAACUGCCCCGCGGGCGGAAGCGGAGGAACAGGAUAGCAAGCCGGCAGCCGAUCACGAGGAGCGAUCGUUUGUGUUUGAGUUGCCGUAUCAAAAUGAUCAGCGCCGGAUAUUGAUAAGACGCCGGGUGCUGGCGUGCCCCGGCGCACCGAUGAACGUCGACGUCGUACGCUUCACGAAACUGAUGGACGAAAAGCUAACGUUUCGGAAAGCGAUCGAUGAAGCCUUGGCACGCGGUGAGCGGGAUCAAAUUGAUGCGGAUGAGCUGGUUUGUGCCGAUGUGCUUAGCGCGCUUACGGAUUCGGUAGCUAUCUCACUUGCAGAAGAUGUGUUCGUGAGGGACGAUGAGUCGGAUACUGAAAACGGAAAAAAGAAAGGGGGGGAUAUUAGGGCGUUACCGAACGAACCGAAAAUUGUACCGCUCAAAGUGGACACCUCGGAACUUGCAGCAGCGGCUGUGAAGACGACGACGACGACGACAACGACCCCCACUCCGUCCCCUUCAUUAGCCGCGCCAAACGAUGCCGAUGGCGAUGCGGCGAGUCUCAAUGGUGCUGGAUCGGAGUGCAGCAAAACGACCGACCCAGCCAAGUUGAAGCUGCUCCGAGAAAUGAAACGUCUCAACGCUACCAUCAUCGAAGGCCCCAGUGAACCUGCACCCAGCCCUACCGAACCCGGUCGGCAACAGCGGUGCGAUCUACAGUACUGCGCGAAGGGCUGCAUUUGCGACGUUCUGUCCAGUACGCAAGCCGUUUCGGUGGCCAACAUUCAUCGGAAGCAACACUGCGGACAAAUCGAUUGCGUGUUUGGGUGCAUCUGUGGUUUCGCCGAAAACUCAACCCGGACAGUUCCAGCCAAGGUGGACCAUGCGGAAGAGGACGAAGGUGAGACGGCACUGUCGAUUGAGGAGCAACGAUACCUGCGGGAGAAAGCGACCGCCCGUUUGGCGAAGGAAGAGCGCGAAUUUACCCCGACCGUCAUACUGACCAAGAACACGACGGUGCUGGUGCAAAACAAGGAAUCGGAAUGUCGACGGCUGAAGAAAAAGCCCAAAAAGUACGACGAUUACUACAACGAUCAGAGUGUCCAGUGUCUGCUGAACGGGGGCAGCGUAAAGGAUGUGUCCGCAUACAUCAGCAAACCACCGCCAAACGCAAAACCAUUGACGGAGCUGGAAAGAAUGCGCCAUGCACACGUCCUGCUGACCAAGCUUACCCAGCUGGAGGACAUCGAGCCGCUCUGCAUGGUGCACGAUCUGUAUCGAUGCUUCUGCAACGGUAAAGCUACCCACGGCAAACCGUUUUCGUUUACCGAGGAAAACUGCAUCCCGAUACCACCGAAAACGUCCGCCGCAGCAGUGGUGACCGCAGCAACGUCCGUCGUGCCGGAUGCGGCAGGUGGUCGUACGAUGACGAAAGGCGAUGGCGGUCAAACAUCGACCAAAAAGCGUACCAAAGACCAGGAAGUGGUAGAGUAUGGUAUUGUCGACCCGGCAAGCUCCUCGCUGGCUAAUGCCAGGAAGCGGUUGUACUACUUUGAAAAGCCUCACAGCGAAUGCAGCGACAGCGUUGAGGAGAGGUCAGGGAGAGCUUCCCAGGUGGCGGGGCAACGUAGACGGCGGGAUAGUUCGGAAGAAUCGUACAAACCACCGAACGAGCGUAAAGUGGCGAAAAAGAACCCCAAACCGGCGGCAACGAACCACGAUAAUGCUACGCCGGACCCUUUCAGCGGCGCUAUACGUGCUCGGCGUGCAUCGGUCGCACCCGGCCAUGUAUUUGCACGGGGUGAAUCGACCCUUCGAAAGCCCUCGACACAACCAACGGCCCUUCCGAGCAAACGACUUUCGCUAAUAAAUGCACGACGUUCGUCGGUAGCAUCGGCUCAGCUCCCACUGCAGAAGAAGGAUGCGGGGAAACCGGUAAAAUCUACCCACGCAACAGCUAGUCGAAGCGAAGAGUUGGAACGAAGCACUGUGGACAACUCUCAUUACACCAUUAUCAAACCAACGAUCGCUUCCGGUUCGUCCAAGAUCAAUAGCCUCAUCUUGAAGCGCGUGCCAUCGCAAGCUACGGACUCGGAAACACCGGCCGCCACUCAAUCGGCCCCUGUGCCUGGGAAGAGUUCAGCUGUCUGUCGCCAGAUGUCGGUUCGUGAGCUAAAGCAGCUAAUGCUGAGGGAAUGCAAGAGCGCGGUGGAUGAAACGGAACGAUCGCUGCCUGCCGACAGCGAGCAGAAGCCACCGGUCGUCAAGAUUGCGCUUGUCGACAGUGAAGAAAACAUUGACAAUGAACCUCGCUUUAACAUCCUUUCCGAGGGUACGAAAAAGCUAGUCAUCAGCGGCAAACGCCGAUCGUUCGUGGAGAACACCGAGUUUAGAAAUGGUUAUCCACCCGCACGCACCAUCCAAAGCCGGUCUCGCACAGUUUAUGUAGUUGAAAUGGCGACGGACGCAUCUACGGUGGAUGGGCCACCGAAGGCGGUCGAACCACCGGCAAAAAAGGCAUCGAAUCAAACCCCACCAGAGCUGCCGAGCGGUAGUACGUUCGGUGCUGACGCAUCCCGAAACCAUCCGGUGCAGAACGGUGAUGGACCGACGGAAAAAACCGACCGCCUGCUUAGCUCGCUAAUGUCGCACAUUAACGAGAUGCUGCGGCGCAACAGCCUCGACAUAAGCCCGGGCAAGAAGGGCAUCCUGCACAUCUGCCGCUGGAAGCAGCUGCUCAGCUCAUUCGCGCUCGGGGAGAUCGAUGUGCUCGAUCUAACGCUUACCAACGGCACGGAGAUGACGGUCAUCACGAGGACACCGUCCGUGCCGCAGCUGCUGCCGAACGUACAGUGUCAGAUCAGCGCGAACCGGCUCACGAUCGACAAGCUGAGUGCGGCCGAGCGGCCAUCGCUGCUGAUGAAGAUGAUCGUCGCCCAGGUGGACAACGUGAAGAUGAACAAUCUGGCGCUGGUGCUGUAUGGUAAUAAAAAUUUCUGGCACUUUUGCGGUUUUCUGAAGGUGAGCGAAAAGUGCUUCAAGACUGAUUCCAACGUACUGAGCACGCCUUCGACCGAAGCGAAUGCAAAGAUCAAGGCAAGGUUGCGGGAGUACUACCAGAAAACGUUCCCCCGCACGAAUGCGAGCCAGACAACGGUCGCGAAAGUGGGCACAGCGACCGAACCCCAGCAGCAGCAGCAGCAGCAGCAGCAGCAGCAGAGCAGCAGUAAGCCGGGAGGAGGGCCGGCGACAAUCUCGCUCAGUACGCAGUCUAAUAUUGAAAUCCUGCGCAAAGGCGGCCAACAGGUGCACUACCCGUUGGGCUUGCUGCCGGGCUUGGCGGGCAGCUCGAAUGGUGGCAGUGCGGACUGCCGCUGGAUGCGGCUCAAAAUCGAGAACGACUUUAGCCAUAUGUACAUACAGAGCUGGCAGUGCUGCCUAACGUACGGUACGAUCAAGAAGGCAAUCUACGAUGCAAAUCGGACGAAGAAAUCGGUCUGCCUGGAAACGCCAAUCCCGAGGGAACAGCUUAAGACGCAGAUGCUGCCGUACGUGUACGCACUGCCCAAGGAGGGCCAUUCGCUGUUCCUCGGUCCGUACCCGUGCUCCGAGUCGAAGGUGGACGUGAUACUUUGCCAGAGUGUGAACGGUAGCUUGUACGAGCGGGAAGUUUACGAACGGUUGCACGACAUUCCGAUGAAUGGUUCCGCGAAAAGAACCACCGGCACGUGGGUCGAUGCGGUUACGUCCCGCGUAGCGUCCGUGGACAUACUGCCCAAACGCAGCCAAAUGGGAGCGGAAACGAAAAAUGCGUGUGCUCCGGUUCCGGUGGGUUCAACUAACCAACGGUCUCUGCUCAAGCGGAAUAAUAUCGUAUCGGUGAGCAGGGCUGGCGCGGGUAGCGUUACAGCUGCCGUUGCUGAGCCGGACCAGAGCAGGAAGGUGGUGUUGAGUCCGUGCGAUUCAGACAACGAUGACGACGAUGUGGUUGUUCUGGAAACGAACCAAGAGGAUGAUAGCGGCGCUACCAUCCGGUCGGUCAAUGUCGGCGCAGUGCAGCCCUUGCGCAAAGAGUUGACCGGUGGGUGUAGUGCAGUCGAUCUGCUAAAGCUGGUACAAGGGACCAUGAAGCAGAAUCAGCAAAGCAAGCGCGAAAUUGCCCUGGGCCUGGAGCAGCACCGGUCCUCGUCGAGCAAAGCUCACCAAACGCCAACAGCCGCCGCUGCCCGUGAGGCCAACGCCAACAGGAAGCGCAUCGCACCCGAACCGCUGACCGAAAGCUUUACGGCUCCCAAAGUUCCUCGUCGAUCGGAUCCUUCCUUCGAAGGUCCGAUUACCAGCAACCUUGGGGCUAGAGCAGCGCCACCAUCCGGUACGGUCCCGAGCAUUGGCUUCCGGCGACUGUCGUUGUCGGGUGCGCCGCAAUUGAUGGCCGCUCCAACCGUCAUCCGCAACAGUGGUGGUGGCACCGUCACGAUCACCCCUUUCAAACAAAACGAACGACCAAUUUCGGUAAGAAUUAGUCAAAGCUCGGACCGGCCCGCUCCCCAAACGGCAAGGAACGUGCCGGAGCCGGUAGAACGGCGAAGCCUUGGUACAAUGAAAGUUCCACCAUUGGUACCGAGAGCGAGACUAAAUUCUGUCGCAGUUGAACGUUUCAACCGAUCGUCGCCGCCACUGCUUCCGGUUGCUGCUGACGACGACGUCGUUUUGGUUGAUGACGAUGACGAGAUGGAGAUGGUGAACAAAGCAUCUUCGUCCAGCGCAUCAAAUCUACCGCGUGUCACGGCAGCACCCGCCUCCAUCGCCGGCUCGAAAGGAGACACCACAGGCACUCCUCCAGCAGGCGUGCAGAAAAAGUUCCUAAGCAGAGAGGAAUUUGAUAAAAUAUCCCACAAGGUGGACCUCAGCAAAACGGGACAACAGAACGGUUACAACUACGACCGUGCGACGGGUGUGCUGAAGAUUAAUCGCUCGUUGCUAAACUCUCUGCAAAGGGAUGGAGUGAUGUUGCCGCAAUCCGUCGGCGGUAGUAACACGCCCGCACCGAAGCCCGGAAGCGGUGUGGCCACCAACGGCACCAACGCUACCGUUCCUUCCAGUGUGCGACCGGUUGGUGUAGCUGCUGCUUCGCCUUCAACCACAAAAACGAUGCCCCGAAUGAAGGUCGUUCCACGCGUGACGGCGACACCGUGUGGUGACGAGCAAAACUCGUCCGACAGUGGUGCGGCCGAUACGAGCGUUGCACCACCCCGAACCAACGGCAAGACGGCCAACCCGGCAAUCAACCUGAAGUACCUGAACGAAGCACAAAAGGAUAGGCGAAUGUUGAUGCAGCCGCACACGAAGGGUGUGCUGGAGUCGAAAAUACCCGGCCUCGGGCUGGUGGAAGCGGUGCGGUUCAGCCAGGAGGUGAUCAUAAACCUGAAGGAGCUUACCGUAUCGAAGCAGCUGGUGAGCGUGGCCAAUCUGGAGGCCGCCGUCACGCUGCUAAAUCAGUUCAUCCAGCGCAACACGUACACCUUUAAGCCGCAAAAUCUCGUGAUACAGUGGCAGUUUAAGGAACGGACAGUCCCGCUGACGACGGCUGAAAAGCUGACCAGCCUCAUCAGCCAGUGUUGUGUUGUCACCCCGUACGGAUUGAUGAACCUAUUCAAACAGGAACAGAUAGAAACGGUCAAAACGACGGUCCCCACGCUGUACGAAGACAUGCUGAUGAUGAAGCUGUCCAUGCUGUGCUUCGACAAGAAACGCUACGAGGAGGAGAAGUGUUACGAGCACGAGGACAAAAUAUACGACCGGGCCCGCGAAACUAUUAGCACGGUGGAACGGAAGGAAAAACAAUUGAGGCGGCAGAUCUUUAGCAUGGAACAGACUGUCAAAAGGAACGAAGCGAAGCUGAAGAAAUUAAAACAGGAAACGGGGACAUUGUCGAAGGAAGCGAGUAGUAGUGUGCCGGCGCCGGCGAGCAGCAGUCGGGGGGAAUCGGUGAUCGUAAUCGAUGACGAUUAAUCAUCAUCAUCCCGGUGCAGGUUCUGAGUUCUGUUUCUUUUUCUUUUUUUUUGUACUGCACAAGUAACAAGCUACACACAAACACACACAGACGGAGAUGCAUCUAGGUACACUAGUCAUACUAGUACAAUCAAGCGUAUAAAGAAAAGCAGUAUAGUACGGCUUGUGUGAGUGGCCCAGCAUCAUUAUUAUUUUGUGUGUAAAUUAGCUAAUGUUGCGACUGUUCAUAGUUCCUUCUAAUGUAGCUAAACUAAAAAUAAACUAAUUCUAAAAUGAUAGCUUAACACUAUUUGUAACGAA